GAGACUAGAGAUAAAAAGAAAGAUAUUUAAAAAAAAAAAACAUAAUUUUCCCUUUUUCUUCUCAGCGUGUGUCUUCAUAAUAUUAGGGUUUCUGUUCUUUUCUUUUUCUUAUUGGAUCUUCAUUAUUUGGACAUCAGAUUUCAGGCUUUUCUCAUUCUCAGGUUUGACAAAUUUCUUAUUGGAAAAUAUUUUGGUGGAUUUUGACGGGGUUUUGAAGUGAAUUCUUGGAUUUUGACCUAAAUAAGGCUUUUGUUAAAAAUUUGGAAUUGUGGUGGCUGUGAAUUGUGAUGACUACACGAACAUCAUGGGCAGAUUUGGCUGCAAAUUCUGCAGCCGAGAAUGUAGAUGUUGGUUCUUCUUCUGCUAGCAAUGGAACUGUUGGUACCACCUCAGCUGCUGGCCGACCUGUUUAUGUUCCUCCACAUCUCCGCAAUCGCCCACCUUCUGCAGACCCACCUGCUCCUACUUACACUGGCCCUGCUUCAAGUAAUGACCGACCAGGUUAUGGUGGAUCUCGUUGGGCUGCUCCUAGGAAUGAUAGGAAUGAUUAUAACAACCGAUCUGGGUAUGGUAGUGGUGGUGGUGGUGGUGUUCGACUUGGUGGAUGGGGUGGCCGAAGUGGUGGCUGGGAUCGUGGGAGAGACAGAGAAGUCAAUCCAUUUGGAAAUGAUGAUGCAGAGCAGACAUUGAGCGAGCAAGAGAGUACGGGCAUUAACUUUGAUGCCUAUGAAGACAUUCCCGUGGAGACAAGUGGUGACAAUGUGCCACCACCUGUCAAUACAUUUGCAGAGAUUGACUUGGGUGAAGCACUGAAUCUAAACAUCCAGAGGUGCAAGUAUGUGAAGCCAACACCUGUUCAGCGGCAUGCCAUCCCCAUUUCACUUGCAGGGCGGGAUUUGAUGGCAUGUGCACAGACUGGUUCUGGAAAGACAGCAGCCUUUUGUUUCCCAAUUAUCAGUGGGAUUAUGAGAGGCCAGGCUCCACAAAGACCAUUGCGUGGGGCACGUACAGUAUACCCACUAGCUCUAAUUCUUUCUCCUACCAGGGAGCUCUCGAUGCAAAUACAUGAGGAAGCCAGGAAGUUCUCUUAUCAAACAGGUGUUAAGGUGGUUGUUGCUUAUGGAGGUGCUCCUAUUAACCAACAGCUGAGGGAGUUGGAGAGAGGUGUUGAUAUUCUUGUAGCAACUCCUGGAAGAUUGGUAGACUUGCUAGAGAGGGCUAGAGUUUCUCUACACAUGAUCAGGUACCUAGCCCUUGAUGAGGCAGACAGAAUGUUGGACAUGGGUUUUGAGCCUCAAAUAAGAAAAAUUGUGGAACAAAUGGACAUGCCCCUACCUGGUGUUAGACAAACAAUGCUAUUCAGUGCUACCUUUCCAAAAGAGAUUCAGAGACUGGCCUCUGAUUUUCUUGCAAAUUAUAUUUUCCUGGCUGUGGGGCGAGUUGGAUCAAGUACUGAUUUGAUUGUCCAGCGAGUAGAAUUUGUUCAUGAGUCGGACAAAAGAAGUCAUCUUAUGGACCUUCUUCAUGCUCAGAGAGCAAAUGGUGUCCAUGGCAAGCAAGCUCUUACAUUAGUUUUUGUUGAGACAAAAAAGGGAGCUGAUUCGCUGGAACAUUGGCUGUGCAUGAAUGGUUUUCCUGCAACUACCAUUCAUGGUGAUAGAACCCAGCAGGAAAGAGAACAAGCAUUACGGUCAUUUAAAAGUGGUGCUACGCCAAUCUUGGUAGCAACUGAUGUGGCAGCCCGUGGUCUGGAUAUUCCUCAUGUUGCACAUGUGGUGAACUUUGACCUUCCUAAUGAUAUUGAUGACUAUGUUCAUCGAAUUGGACGGACAGGGCGUGCAGGCAAAACUGGUUUAGCCACAGCCUUCUUUAAUGAUAACAAUGCUUCUUUGGCAAGGUCAUUAGUGGAUCUAAUGCAAGAAGCGAAUCAAGAGGUGCCUGCUUGGCUCACUCGACAUGCAGCUCGUUCAUUUGGAGGGAGGAAUCGUCGACCUGGGGGAGGACGAUUUGGUGGGCGUGACUUUCGAAGGGAGUCAUCUUUCAACAGGGGUGGUUCAGAUUACUAUGGUGGGGGCAACAGUGCUGGUAGCUAUGCUACUUCUGGCGGGUAUGGUGGAGGCUAUGGUGCAGGUAUUAGCAGUGCAUGGGAUUGAAUACUCAAUUUUUUAAGUACUUUGAGUGUCUAAUAGUAGCAGAGCUUCCCUUUCUUUCACAGGACUACUUUUUUCUUUUCUUUUUUGGGUUACUUUAUCUUUUACUAGAAAUCUUAGUUACUGUCAUUUUAUACUUUAGGAGGGUUUUAUAUCACUAUUACAAGGGAGGGGGGAUGUAAGUUUGGUGUUGAUGUCGAAGGAGUGGAAGUUGUGUAUUGUGUUAGUAGGUAUUGGUGAAGAAAUUCUAACCAAAAAUAGGGAUUACUUCUUACUCCUCUUUUGGUGUCAUCUUUUGAUGGUUUAAUGAUCAUUUUGUUAGCUAAUGGGUUGUAGAAUAUGUAGUUGGGAGAGAGAGAGAGAGAGGGUUCAUUUUGUCAUCUUUGAUCUCAUAGGCAUGUUCUUUCCAACCCAGUGUGUGGGGAUGAAUUGUCCUGAGGCUCUCUGUCUUAUUAUCAUUUACGAAUCAAUAUUCCCGUUUUAAAGGAGUUCGAAGACUUUUUGUAAUGUUUUGGUCAUAACUGAAAUAAAUACGAAUCUUUGUUUGAAAUGAUGGAUUAUUCGCGGUUGGCAAUAUUUGUUGGUAAUUUGGCAUGGCUAAAUGUUUAUGUUCCUAGUCAUUCUUCAUUACUUGUCAUAUAUAUCUGCUGAUUAGUAUAAGGUUGUACCGUAGUGGCAUCAUUUUAUUCCAUGAGUCGAAUGUGAAAAAUGAAAUGUGGGGCUCUAAGAUUGGACCUGCACAUAAUUGGAAUGCCUGUUACAUAUAUGAUAUUAAAUCCAUUGAUUACCAUUGCUAUUUUGAUGAUUAGUAAUCGGAGUAUGAAAUAGCAUUGUUUGCUUUUAUUUACGUUGAUAUUUCCGUAGGAAACAGCUUUGUAUUUUCCCCUGGGAAUCUUUAGAAUUACCAUGAAUUAUCAAAUGAACUGUGAAUAACCUAUUCCUCCUGACUUUGAAACAAGGGCGCUUUUGGCUGGCUCUGUUGGUACCUGAAACAAUUAUUUCUUCUUCAUAUUGUUAUAUCUCCAGAGUCAAUAAUUUUAUAUUAAGAACUAUCGAACUCAUCGGGAUAAUGAGAUUUUUUUUUAUUAUUAUUUGAAUUUAGUUCUAGGGAUAGCGAAUUAUGUAAUUGACACUUUGAAUUUUGUUCUAUGAAUAGAGACUUUUUAUCCGUCAUUGGGGCAAUGUGUCGACUUUUU